UUUGUAGGUAUUGAUUCUGGGGCUGAUUUUUCAUUGUGAGUUUUGGGUUAAUUGCAUUGUGAGGAAAUAUGGGUGGGAGAAGUUCAAAGGAGGAUGGGAGUUUCAGGCAGAAUAGUUCUUCUUCUUCUUCUUCUUCUUCUUCUUGGAGUGGUUAUCCUCAUGUGCAACCACCAUAUGCUGCACCUCAGCAAUCCUAUCCCGCACCACAGUAUUCAUAUCCGCCGCAGGAUUAUGGUCAAGAGAGUCAGGGAUAUGCACCCCAGCAGCAAUCAUAUCCAUCAUCACAGUAUUCCAGUCCCCCGCCGCCGGAUUAUGGCGGGAAAAGGAAGUUGGACAGGAGAUAUUCGAGGAUUGCUGACAAUUACAAUUCCCUCGAGGAGGUGACUGAGGCACUUGCGCGUGCUGGACUUGAGUCUUCCAAUUUGAUAGUUGGUAUUGAUUUCACAAAGAGCAAUGAGUGGACUGGCAAGAAUUCGUUUAACAGAAGAAGCUUGCAUCACAUUGGGGGUGGUCAGAAUCCCUAUGAGCAUGCAAUAACCAUUAUUGGAAAAACCUUGGCUGCUUUUGAUGAGGAUAACAUCAUUCCAUGUUAUGGUUUUGGAGAUGCAACAACUCAUGAUCAAGAUGUUUUUAGUUUCUACCCAGACGAUAGACAUUGCAAUGGGUUUGAGGAAGUAUUGACUCGCUACAGGGAAAUUGUUCCUAAUCUUCGCCUUGCAGGACCGACUUCUUUUGCACCUGUAAUUGAAAUGGCCAUGACUAUUGUUGAGCAGAGUGGUGGCCAAUACCAUGUCCUAGUGAUAAUUGCAGAUGGCCAGGUAACUAGAAGUGUUGAUACUGAGGGUGGCAAGCUAAGUCCGCAGGAACAGAAGACAGUUGAUGCAAUUGUUGAAGCAAGCAAGUUCCCUCUAUCAAUUAUAUUAGUUGGUGUUGGAGAUGGGCCCUGGGACAUGAUGAAAGAAUUUGAUGACAACAUUCCUUCUCGGGCAUUUGAUAAUUUCCAAUUUGUGAACUUUACUGAAAUAAUGUCAAAGAAUGUGCCGUCCUUGCGGAAGGAGACUGAAUUUGCUCUAGCAGCCUUGAUGGAAAUUCCGCCUCAGUAUAAAGCGACAAUAGAGCUUAAUCUCCUUGGUGGUCAGAAGGGCAAUUCUCCCCACAGGGUUCCUCUCCCACCACCUCACUAUGGUGCAUCAUCUUUCAAGAGUUCAAAACCUUCCUAUGCCACGCCAUCUUUCAGCAGUUCAAAACCUUCCUAUGCCGCGCCAUCUUUCAGCAGUUCAAAACCUUCUCAUGAGCCGAGUGUUCCUCCUUAUUAUGAAGACAACAGUUCUUUCACUACAGCUACAGCUCCACCUGCUACCAGUUCUACUUAUGAUAAUCAGGUCUGCCCCAUCUGCCUUACAAAUUCAAAAGACAUGGCCUUUGGUUGUGGGCAUCAGACGUGUUGCGAAUGCGGACAAGAUCUUCAGACGUGCCCCAUAUGCCGGAGCCCAAUUCAGACCAGAAUAAAACUCUAUUGACGCUGCUACUUCCGUAUAAUCACAUCUCGUUAGUGAAGGCUGCUGACAUUCUUUGAUUUUAUUUGUUCGUUUGGGGGCUCAGUAUAUUCCUUGUAACUCAAUUCCUUCUUAGACGAUCAGGGUGUUAGGUUUUGCUAAAUUUUCAACUUAAGAAAUUGAAAUACCGCCACCAUCUGUACAUCCUUGUAGUUGGCUUGUGUUCUAUCUUCUUCUUGCUUCUGUGUUCCAGUGAUUGAAUAGAUUGUUGUUGCUUGUAGCAGAAGCUGUACCAAAGUGAUUUUCAAAACAAAUAAUAGUAAGCAUAUGAGGAUUAUAUAGUAGUUGUGGCAGUCUCAUAGGAGGUGGAUCACACAUUUGUU